AUGUCGACGUACCUUAAUGCCCCAACCCUCGCUCCAAUGACCUCUGCUGGUUCAGACGCUGGUCAAUCUUCAGCAGCUCGUCGCAAACGGUCGUUUGAUGACCUACUUUUGCCAUCGCUUCCUUUUGACGCUACACACUACUGCUACCAUGACUCCACUUAUCUUUUUCAAGAAGCGUCUUUCAAACCCCAGGCUGAUCACAAAAGAGCUCGCACCGCUCCUGCUUCCCCAAUCGGAGUUCUCACCAAUCUUACGCCCAAAGCGUCACCUCUAUCGGCCAAAGCCAGAAUCAAUUGUGCGCCUCCGGCCCCAUCACCUUCAAAUUUUAGCGCUGGCGACCAUUCUGCAUCGCAACCACAGCAACUCUCGGGAAGCCAGCGCUAUGAACCAUCGACUUCGGCGUCUAUUCCAAAAGAAUCGUUCUACACAUCUUCCUUGAACCUAGCAUCUGUAACCCAAAGAAACAAUGAGGAUUCAGAAAGUGAUGACAAUCCAAAUGUCUCACAAGCAUAUAACAAUGCUCCUCUCCCCUCGCUAAAACACUUGCAAUUACUGCCCAACCCAAAAAUUCAAGAAAAUGCUUAUCGGUACCCAGACACAUCCGAAAACACGCCCCUUUGGCGAGAAAGCUUGAUGAGCUGGUGUAGAAGCGAAAAGUACGACGAUUAUCUGCAAAUCAACAAAGAAAUGCGUGAUGUUUCCGCCUAUCCAGCCGCAGGACUCAACAUUCUUGCUAGUGCGGCAUUCAUCUCUCAAAAAGUGCCCUCACUACUGAAUUCUAGAGACGAGUUUGAUGGACUGUCGAACUCUAUAUCGCUGCAUGGUGUCGUAACACCACCCAUGAGCCCUCGAAGCGCAAACUCGACGACAAAAAGCUCACCUGUGUUCACACCUGCUAUCAGCGACAAACUGGUACAAACCGUCAAAGAGAAACGAACCAAGGCCCACAAGAAAACUAACAGCUUCAAAGCUCGGGAAAUGAAAAAGCUGCUGAAUGACAGAAAUGUUUUUUCCAUGGACUCCAAAGGCAAAGUCUCCAAAGUUAGUAAGAACAGAACGCGCAGCAUGCCCUCCUCACCACAACAAUUCGUUCUCAAGCUGGACGCCUUGACUACACCACGAAGUAUCGCAAAAAGCUCCCCAAAAGAAGCCUCCAGCGGCCAGGAAAGUAUGGGUACUGAAUCACCGCCACAACGCAGCAGAACUCCGCCAAGGACUCAUGUAUUUAUGUUAAACGAACCACGGACCCCCCACACACCAAACACAAACUCUUCGAUUAACAGUGUGCGGGUUGAGCCUUUCACGACGUACAGCCCUUCCUCCGACACGUCUGUCGUUGCAAACAGGAAGCUAUCGUCACCAAAGCGUUCAGCGGCUCGUGCAUGUAUUUCAUGUCACGCAACAGACUCGCCUUGUUGGAGGCCAUCUUGGACCAAUAGAAAGCAAGAUCAAUUGUGCAAUUCUUGUGGUCUUCGCUACAAAAAGACGCAAACAAGAUGCCUCAAUGACUCUUGCCGCAAGAUUCCUUCUAAGGGCGAGCUUGCAAUCAUGAAGGCCAAUGGUGGCCUGACUCGAAUGAGUCCGGAUGGUACUAUAACGAAAGGUCUGGGCUGCUUAUUUUGUAACAGCAUUGUAGAGAUCAGGGAAUACCGGAAUUGA